GCCGCAGCCCACUCGUUUGUGCUUUACCUCUUCCUCCUCCGCGCCUUGGAGCCGAACCCGGCCCCGGAAACCCGGACGGUAGACGCGGCAUCUCUGCUGCGUGGGUGUGGUAGUCUGCGGAAGGGAAGAGGCGACCCGCGGAUAAAUCGGCCUCGACGCGCUGUGUUUUCGUGGCCGCCCGGCGCGACACUCUCCCAAACCCAGUAUGUAGGUGCCGGGCGGCUGCCAUGAACUCCGUAGCCAUGAGGAUCCACAGCAAAGGACAUUUCCAGGGUGGAAUCCAAGUCAAAAAUGAAAAAAACAGAUCAUCUUUAAAAUCUAUGAAAACUGAUAACAAACCAGAAAAAUCCAAAUACAAGCCACUAGGGGGAAAAAUAUUUUACAUUGACUUACCUUCUGUCACCGUAUCUGAAAAACUGCAAAAGGACAUUCAGGAUCUGGGAGGGCGAGUUGAAGAAUUUCUCAGCAAAGAUAUCAGUUACCUUAUUUCAAAUAAAAAGGAAGCUAAAUUUGCACAAACGUUGGGAAGAAUUUCUCCUGUACCAAGUCCAGAAUCUGCAUAUACUGCAGAAACCACCUCACCUCAUCCCAGCCAUGAUGGAAGUUCUUUUAAAUCUCCAGAUUCAGUGUGUUUGAGCAGAGGAAAAUUAUUAGUUGAAAAAGCUAUCAAGGACCAUGAUUUUAUUCCUUCAAAUAGUAUAUUAUCAAAUGCCUUAUCGUGGGGAGUAAAAAUUCUUCAUAUUGAUGACAUUAGAUACUACAUUGAACAAAAGAAAAAAGAAUUAUAUUUACUCAAGAAAUCAAGCACUUCUGUAAGAGAUGUGGGGAAAAGAGUAGGUAUUGGUACACAGAAAGCAAGAACAGGUAGACUUAAAAAACCUUUUGUAAAGGUGGAGGAUAUGAGCCAACUUUAUAGACCAUUUUAUCUUCAGCUGACCAAUAUGCCUUUUAUAAAUUAUUCUAUUCAGAAGCCCUCCAGUCCAUUUGACGUAGAUAAGCCAUCUAGCAUCCAGAAGCAAACGCAGGUUAAACUAAGAAUCCAAACAGAUGGCAAUAAAUGUGGAAUCCCAAUUCAACUCCAGUUGAAAGAGAAGAAAAAAAAAGGAUACUGUGAAUGUUGCUUGCAGAAAUAUGAAGAUCUUGAAACUCAUCUUCUAAGUGAGCAACAUAAAAACUUUGCACAGAGUAAUCACUAUCAAGUUGUUGAUGAUAUUGUAUCUAAGUUAAUUUUUGACUUUGUGGAAUAUGAAAGAGACAUGCCUAGAAAUAAAAGAAUAAAAUACAGUAUUGGAUCCCUUUCUCCUAUUACUGCAAGUAUCUUGAAAAGGUCUGAACCAAAAGAAAAGCUAGAAUUGCAACAUACUUCUCAGAAAGACUUCAAGGAAAAUAAUGUACAGGUAGUUGAGCAGCGUUUCCUGUAUAAAGAAGUCCAGGAACCUGAACGGAAGUUUGUGUUUAUUUCAGAAUGCAUCCCCUGCCCUUCAAGUGAAUUGAGAGGACUCGAUGAGAAAGCAAAUAGUAAAUGUUCCAAAUUAAAUCCAGUUGAAAAUGACCUAAAACAAAAUUUUACACAUCUACCUCCACAUAAAAAUAAACAGGGAUGUAUUCUUGACAUUUCUGAACAUAAAUUAAUGAUAAAUGAAAGUGACUUAGAAGAACUAAGUGUAGAUCGCUGUCCACGUAGGCUACAGACAUCUGUACAAGUUUCUAACGUCAGUAUGGAUAAUACUGCAUCUCAACCAAAACAAAAGUCAGAUACUGUGCUUUUUCCAGCAAAGGAUGUGAAGGAAAAGGACCUUCAUUCAAUAGUUGGUCAUGAUUCUGGUCUGUUAGCAAUAAACAGUUCACAGGAGCACCUAACAGUUCAGGCAAAGACUCCAUCCCAAAGUCCCCCUGAGGAACCCAGUGAAUGCAACUUCAACAAUGUGGAUAGUUUACCUUCUGGUAAGAUCCAUCGGAAAGUGAAAAUAUUAUUAGGAAGAAAUAAAAAAGAAAAUCUGGAACCAAAUGUGGAAUUAGAUAAGAAAAGAACUGAAUUUAUUACACAAGAAGGAAACAGAAUUUGUAGUUCACCAGUACAAUCUCUACUAGACUUGUUUCAGACUAGUGAAGAGAAGUCAGAAUUUCUGGGUUUCACAAGCUACACUGAAAACAGUGGUAUAUGUGAUGUUUUAGAUAUUUGGGAAGAAGAAAAUUCAAAUAAUUUGUUGUCAGUGUUUUUCUCUUCCCCUUCAGCUUCUACAUUUACUGGCUUUUAGACUUGAAAUAAAUACCUUUCAGAAGUGAUGAAGAUCAUAUUCUUGAAAAUUUUAAUAAUGUGUAUGAGAAUGCUUAGUUUAUUUUCUUUUUGCCAACUUUGUUUACAGAACUAAGUGUAAAUAUUAACAAUAAAGGUGAUGUUUGCAUUUUUCUACAGAAUUGGAUACCUUUUAUAGGAAAAUUGUAGAAUAAACUUGUGACUUAUUUUACACACUAUGUUUUAAGAAUUAUGAAUAAUGUUUUAUGUCACUGAACUUGAAGUGAAAUUUUGGGUAUAUUAAUAUUUAGCAUUAUAUAUUUGGAUAGUCUAGUUCUUUCCAAAGGCUAUUAAAAUAAGAUUCCCAUGAUAACCUGAGAAUAUUGCUUUUAAAAACCUAAUUUUCACACAAAAGGGAAAAACCGUAUUAAUUUCUGUGUUUGGGUUUUGGAAGUCAUUAUUACUUGAUACUGACCUACGUGGACCCUGCUCAUGUGUUGGCACCAAGGAGUUAGGUUAUUUGAAGAGAUAAAUAGAAGCCAUAAAGGGAAAAACUUAGCCAAACUACUAUAUGGAAUAAAUUUCCCAUUGUUGAUUAUUCACCUUUAGAAAGAUUUUCUUCCAAAAUGACUCAUUAUCCCCUAAUUUGGUAUCAGGAAAUGAAAGAGGGAGGAUGGCAUUGAACUAUAAAUAAAAGUAUUGAAGCAUUGUGAAGAUUGCCUUUGAUUGGGCACUUAGCAACUCAAUAAUUGAGGGGAAAAAAAUAGUCAAAUACAAGAAAAAUUUCAACCAUUCAAUCUUUAGAUGGUAGAGGCGUUUGCCUUUGAGUGUGUUCUUCCAGGAGAGGCAUUUACAGCUAAUGACAUUUUCACAAUAAAAGUUGGUGCCAUUGAAUAUUUUUGAAUAUAUUGUCAUUAAAAAUUA